AUGAGCAUCCCAACUACAUGCAGAGCGGCAGUGGUAAGAAAUGAAGGCCCUGACUUUUCUAUCAAAAUCGCCGAUGUGAAGGUUCCUGAACCUAGCCCAGGUGAGGUCCUUAUCCGCCUGAGGACCAGCGGGCUGUGCUAUUCAGACCUGCACUACAUGCUGAACGACACUCCUGCACCAAGCAUGGGUUCAUUUGGCGUAACAACUGCAGGACAUGAAGGGUGCGGUGUCGUUGUGAAAGUUGGCCAGCAAGUCCCUGACUUCCAAAUCGGAGACCGGGCUGGUGUCAAGCCCAUUUGGAGCACGUGUGGCACUUGCGAGCUAUGCUUGGGAGACAAUGAGACACAUUGUGCGAAGAAGCGCAAUACGGGCCUUGCAGUCACUGGGACCUUCCAGCAUUACAUCCUUGCCGAUGCGAGGCAUGCGGUCCGGAUUCCAGAGGGCGUACCGGAUGACCUGGCUGCUACACUCAUGUGUAGCGGUGCGACGGCAUUUCGGUCUGUGAAGUCGGCGGGUCUACCGCCUGGGUCAGACGUGGUUGUUCUUGGAGGCGGUGGCGGCGUUGGCGUGCAAGUCGUCCAGAUUGCAAAGCUCCUUGGCUUCCGACCAAUAGUGGUGGACAUUGGCGACGCGAAACGUGAACUUUCAAUGAGUAUGGGAGCUGACGCCUUUGUCGACAUUCAGCAGACAGACGAUGCCGUGGCUGAGGUUUUGCGCUUGACCAACGGUGGUGCCCAUGGUGUUUUCGUCACAGCACCACCUGCGUAUAAAACUGCGCUUCAGUAUGUAGGGAACCGGGUUGGAGCCGUUGUCAUGUGUAUUGGACUACCACCUGCUGAUUCUGGACAAGACAUCUUGGCGAACCCGAGCUUGCUGAUUCUGAAGCAUCUGACGAUAAAGGGAUCGUUAGUUGGAACAAGAGAGGACACAAAUACAGUUUUAAAAUUUGCGCAGCGCGGUUUGAUCAAGACGAACUGUCAGGUAGUUUCUUUGGAGCAGCUACCAGAAAUAGUACAGUUAAUGAAAGAAGGAAAAGCUACUCGUAAGAUAGUAGUGGACUUUGACCUUUAA